AUGAUUGACACACACGAAAAACAUGACCCAAACUCCAAACCACGCUGGCAAGAUGUCGUGGCUCAAAAGAAGAAGUUGCAAGCUGAGGCUCUGGCCACUAAAUUUGAGUCACUGUCGCCCAGUGUCACCAAGAGCAUCACGACUCUGACCUCGCCCAAUGAAAUUACGUCAAAGAUUCUUAGUGGACAACUGACUUCUCACGAGAUCGUCAGGGCAUUUAUGCAGAGAGUAGCCCCGGGACUAACAUCAGCAUGUACUUUAAGCCUAACCGAAAUCCUCUUUGCGGAGGCUCUGAAUGAGGCGAAAAAGCUGGACAAAUACUUUUUGGAACAUGGCAAGCUCGUUGGUCCUUUUCAUGGAGUUCCUAUCACUCUUAAGGACCAGUUUAAUGUCAAGGGUUAUGAUUCAACGAUAGGCUAUGUUGGCCGAAGCUUCAAACCGGCUGAGGAAGACGCAGUCGUGGUAAAGCUCUUGAGGUCGUUUGGUGCGAUUGUCAUCGCAAAGUCAAACCUUCCUCAGAGUAUCAUGUGGUGCGAAACGGAAAAUCCGCUCUGGGGGCUCACAACAAAUCCUAGCGAUAAAGACUAUACACCAGGAGGUUCAACGGGUGGCGAAGGUGUUCUGCUGGCUUUGGGUGCCAGUAUGCUAGGGUGGGGGACAGAUAUCGGAGGGAGUAUCCGAAUUCCUUCCCAUAUGAUGGGACUCUAUGGAUUGAAACCCAGUAGUGCUCGACUUCCCUACCGAGGUGUCCCAGUGUCCACCGAUGGACAGGAACAUGUGCCUUCAUCUAUUGGGCCUUUGGCUCGUAAUUUGCGUAUGAUUCACGCCGUGACGGAAGCGCUCAUUUCCGCCGAGCCAUGGAAAUUAGACGCUCGAUGCGCGGCCCUUCCAUGGAGAGAAGACGCAUUUCAAGAAGUCCAAUCUCGCCCAUUAACUAUCGGCGUUCUGUAUGAUGAUGAAGUUGUGCGACCGCAUCCACCCGUUGCUCGCGUUUUGCGCACAGUUGUUGAGGCUCUCAAAGCUGCUGGGCAUGAAAUAUUGGUGUGGGAUGCUAGGCUUCACUCUGAAUGUGUGGCAGUCAUGGAUCAAUAUUAUACCAUAGAUGGAGGGAAAGAUAUAAGAGACGCUGUAUCGGAAGGAGGCGAGCCAUUCAUCCCUCAUGUAGAGCGUCUUAUUAACUCUGGGAGUCCAAUUUCGGUACACGACUACUGGGCUCUUAACCGGAGUAAAUGGGAACUUCAACAAAAAUACAUGGAAAAAUGGGAUAACCUCAGGUCCCCAAAGACUGGUAGGGUGGCUGAUGUGGUAAUAUUGCCACCCAUGCCGCACACGGCUGUACCCCAUACAGCUUGCCGCUGGGUUGGUUAUACCAAGGUGUGGAACUUUCUAGAUUACCCAGCCUUGGUUCUUCCAGCUGCCACUGUAACUCAAGAUGAUAUUGACGAACCUUGGGGAUUUGACCCUAGGAAUCCCAAGGAUGAGUGGACUGGCAAACUUUGGCAAGAUCAGAGGCAAAAAAUGGCACACUUGAGAUUGCCAGUUGGUGUCCAACUGGUUUGUAGAAAGCUUGAAGAGGAGAAGCUUCUUGGUGUCGGCAAGGUUGUCGAUGAAGUAAUUAGAGAAAGCAGAGCGGGCCCUAAAUGA